CAGCCAUCAUGAAGCUGACUCUGAGUCGCCUGGCUGCGUUCCUCGCUUCCUUCGGUCUGCUCAGCUUGGUGUGUCUGAUCGUGGCCAUUGGAAGUGAUUUCUGGUACAUCAUAGACACUUCGAAGAGAGCGAGCAACAGAUCUGCGUCUCUCAGCUCUCACUCUGGACUCUGGAGGACCUGCAACUUUCUGGAUCAGUGUCAGCCUUUUAUGAACCCUUUUGGAAACAAUGGAAACUUCACCGAUUCACAAAAGCAUAUAUUAAACAUGCAGGCGACGUUCAUCGUGCUGCUGCCCCUCAGUGUGAUCGUCCUCUUUGUCGGAGGUAUGAUGGGCGUCAUGAGUAUCCUGGCUCGCGCUCAUCGUCUUCUUCUCGCUACUGGGUUGCUUCUUCUCAGUGGAGCUAUGAUUACAUUAACGGGGAUCUGCGUGUACGUGGCCUACUCUGCAGCUGCUUUCCGGGAGGCUGAGUGUAUCUCUGGACACAAGACUCUGGAAGACAUCGACAUACAUUUUGGUUGGUCUCUGGCCUUUGCAGCCAUGUCCUUCAUUACUGAGCUUAUUACUGCCAUUACGUUUCUGCUCGCUUCAGCUCGCUUGGGCCAGCUCAUGCGCCGAGAACAGGACAGGUACCUGGCAGAGUAA